AUGAGAACUAAAAUUGUUUCUCUCCUCUGUCUUCUAUCUCUUGCUACCCUUUUGGCUAGUGGCACUGAAAGUGCAUCUCCAAUCAGCCUGAAGCCAAGCCACAAGGCUUCAUCAUUCAACAGAAGCCUUUUUCCUUCCACUUUUCUCUUUGGAAUAGGUUCUUCCGCAUACCAGGUAGAAGGAGCAGCAAAUGAAGAUGGAAGAGGACCAAGCAUAUGGGACAACUUCACUAAAGAGCAUCCUGAAAAGAUUUGGGAUCAAAGCACCGGAGAUGUAGGAGCUGAUUUUUAUCAUCGGUACAAGAGUGACAUAAAAUUGGUGAAAGACAUUGGGUUGGACUCCUUCAGAUUCUCCAUCUCUUGGACAAGAAUAUUUCCCAAGGGGAAAGGAGCCGUUAAUGGCUUGGGGGUUGAAUUCUACAACAAUCUCAUCGAUGAGGUUCUAUCAAAUGAUUUAAAACCUUUUGUUACUCUUUUCCACUGGGACUUCCCACAAGCUCUUGAAGAUGAGUAUGGAGGAUUUCGUAGUUCUAAUGUAGUGGAGGAUUUUCGUAAAUAUGCUGACUUUUGCUACAAGACCUUUGGAGACAGAGUGAAACAUUGGGUCACUAUAAAUGAACCCUUAUCAUAUAGCAUCAAUGGCUAUAAUGGUGGCACCUUUGCACCAAGUAGAUGUUCUAAGUACGUUGCCAAUUGCAGUGCUGGUGACUCAUCCAUUGAACCCUACAUUGUUGGUCACUACUUAUUACUUGCUCACGAGGCUGCUGCCACAUUGUACAAGAAAAAAUAUCAGGCUCGUCAAAAAGGACAAAUUGGGAUCACCCUUCCGACUCACUUCUUUUUGCCAAAAUCAAAUAGUGUUGCCGAUAAACAAGCAGCAAAUCGAGCUCUGGACUUUUUCUUUGGCUGGCAUGCUCGUCCAGUUAUAUUUGGUGACUAUCCUGAGAGUAUGAAAUCUUCAGUGGGUUCUAGACUACCUAAAUUCACAAAAGCUCAAUCUGAAGGUCUCAAAAGUUCCAUUGAUUUUCUUGGUGUAAAUUAUUACACCACAUAUUAUGCAGAAAAUGCUGCACCUGUAAGAGCCAACAGGACCUUCAACACAGAUAUGCUAGUCACUCUCAGUACGGAAAAGAAUGGUGUGGCUAUUGGGACCCCGACUGAUUUGGAUUGGCUCUAUAUCUAUCCGAAGGGAAUUCAUCUUCUUAUGGUACACAUAAAGGAUAAAUACAAGAAUCCAAAUAUUUACGUCAAUGAAAAUGGCAUUGCUGAAGCAAGGAAUGACUCAAUACCAGUCGAUGAAGCCCUUAAUGAUGGUAUCAGGAUUAGAUACCUUAAGAGCCACCUUAGACUCCUUCUUCAAGCGAUCAAGGAAGGUGUUAAUGUGAAGGGCUACUAUGCAUGGUCAUUUUCGGACAGCUUUGAAUGGGAUGCUGGUUACACAGUUCGAUUUGGUCACGUAUAUGUUGAUUACAACAACAAUUUGAAAAGAUACCUCAAGUCCUCUGCGUUUUGGCUGAAAAAGUUCCUUCUCAACAACAAUAAUAAAGUCUUAUCCUAUUAGAUAAAGUCAACUUAAUAAAUUAUAUGAUGUCAUCUGAUAUAGUUAAAAAUUAAAAUUUCAAAAAUAUUAUUAAAUUUAAGAUUUCUUUUGAUAAUUUGUUUCAGCGUCUUGUUUGAUUUCUCUUCUUCAUU